GGCUGCGCCCCAUGCGAUGCCGGCACCUACUCCCAGGAUCCUGGCGCCGACAGCUGCACCCCAUGCGAUGCUGGCACCUACUCAACGGCCACAGGCGCCGAUAGCGCUUCCACCUGCACCCCUUGCGAGGCCGGCACCUACUCGGCGGCCUCUGGACUAGCCGGCAGCUGCACUGCAUGCCCGCUCGACUCCUACGCCUCCGAGCCUGGCAGCUCAUCCUGCUUGCCCUGCCCGGCGGACCAGACCACGAGCAGCACGGGCGCCACGGCCUGCGAGGGCGCCCUGGGGUGCAACAAUGCAGGCAGGGGGUGUGGCCAGUGCCAGACGUGCGCGGUCGACGGCAGGUGUGUGGCCGUAGAGGCGGGCCUUUGCAGCAACCCGACCCAGUACGGCAGCAAGUGCGUGGCGGGCGUGUGCAGGUGA